AUGAUGUUGCCAUUGGCACCAGCCUAUGUUAGCAAUUUGCCAUUGCGUGGGCUUUGGCAAGUUGUUGGACACAGCGUACGGAUACCUCGUCGGCAAUUUGGUGAUGCAGCUCAAGCCAUGUUUGAUAGUACCAGUACUAUCACGACAUUGGUUUUUCAUAGGAGAAGUAGGAGAGGGAGAAGAAGAUGUAGCGGGUACACUACCUAUCUCGCCGGCGUCGCUAUAAACGACGUGCAGGUGUUCAACGGUAGUGAUGGGCCUUUGAAGGCCAAGUCACUCAUUGAUUCGCUUGGUCAAACGAUGGAGGAGGCGCUCGUCGUGACCGUGCUACGGACAAGAGGGCGGGAGGAAACGAAGGAUGAAGCUGAUGAGAGUCCAGCGAAGCGACACAGAACCGCUGGCGUUACGGAGUGGGUGUGGCGAAAAGAGGAACCUGUCUAUUCUGUGCAAGAUGGCAUCAUGGCUUUCGUGAACCGUGAGCACGCGGCGCUACAACUUCAAGAGUUCCACGCAAACAACUAUAAUCGCGCAAAUAUCGGACUUGGUGGUGAAAAUUGGGUGGUCCCCUUGGUGGACACUGUGUUUGGCAUCGGGAAAACAAGGUUUGGUGCCGAGUACAUUCGGAGAUGCCAACAAAUGUGGGCUGCUCACCCCAACCGAGGGAAAGACAGUUUCCUGGACACGUUGACGCAGUGCCACACGAUCCAGAUUCAGUUUUCCCGAACGGACCUCCUGGAUAGCGAGUUGAAAGGGCGGGAGGAAACGAAGGAUGAAGCUGAUGAGAGUCCAGCGAAGCGACACAGAACCGCUGGCGUUACGGAGUGGGUGUGGCGAAAAGAGGAACCUGUCUAUUCUGUGCAAGAUGGCAUCAUGGCUUUCGUGAACCGUGAGCACGCGACGCUACAACUUCAAGAGUUCCACGCAAACAACUAUAAUCGCGCAAAUAUCGGACUUGGUGGUGAAAAUUGGGUGGUCCCCUUGGUGGACACUGUGUUUGGCAUCGGGAAAACAAGGUUUGGUGCCGAGUACAUUCGGAGAUGCCAACAAAUGUGGGCUGCUCACCCCAACCGAGGGAAAGACAGUUUCCUGGACACGUUGACGCAGUGCCACACGAUCCAGAUUCAGUUUUCCCGAACGGACCUCCUGGAUAGCGAGUUGAAGUUUAAUUCUGAUAUGGCCGACGCUGCUUUCGUGGAGCAGAUCAGUUAUUUCUUCGAGGAGAAAUACGACAGAUUACCCGGUGCUCUCACUCCCCAGUCGCUGCAAACCAAUUCAGGUCUGGUGUCAGUCUUCAAACGUUUGACGAAAGAAGUUGGGCCACUGUUCAUCGUGAUCGACGAAAUCGGCGCGGCCUUCGACGCUGUCAAGCUUGACCCUUUGGCCGUUGUUUCCCAACAAGAAGUUAUUUUUCUUGAUUGCUGUCGCGCAACGUUCCUGAGCUACGUCGGUUUGAGACCAACCGCAUGCGUUGAAAUGACAAACAGCCCUGUCGAUUUCCAAAGACUCAGCCUCAAUCUUCUCCGGUCACCUGCAAUCGAGGAAAUUAUUAAGACGACGUAUUGGGACAAGGGGAAGACGGAAACCAUUCAGCAGCACUUUAAUCUCAGUGAUGGCGAAGUGAAGAAGAGUGCUGACCAUCUGUUCAAGACAACAUUCGGACAUCCACGAUCACUACUUCGCGCUUUCAAAGUUUGCCAAUCCGUUGAGGAACUUAACUCGUAUGAUGCGCCUUUCCAGUUGGUGGAAAGAACGAACUGGCAACGGUUUGGCGAACGCUUGCGGAAUUUCAAGGAGCCACUUCGAUUUUUGAUGACUGCUCUACUCGCUGACGAAGCAGUAGACCUAGGACAAAGGUGGAGAGACCAGGGCGGCAAAGAAAUCACAUACGACGCCAUUGUGGAUAUGUUUGGAAUCGCAUGGGAAGGAGAAUCGAAGACGGCGAGGCUGCAUAUACCACAACAUAUCCAGCACGCGGCACUAAGUUCCUUCUACCCGUUCAGAGAACUUCUUGAAAGAGCUGCACCAGCACUUGGUCGGGUGGCAAUCGAUCAUCCUGACGAGUUCGAGCUGCUUUGCAUGACGCGGUUCCAGGAGGUUUUUGACGAGGAGAAACGUCCGAGCGACGUACUCUCCGAAUUUUUCGCAGAUACAUCUUUUGGGCGCACAAAGGUGAAGUUCGCGAAGAUCACAUAUGAAAUGCCGCAAGUAACAUCGAAGGGAAAGAAGCAGUCGUCGUUAACCGAAGCCACCGCGCAUCCGGGAGAUUUGAAGGCGUUGCUGAUGGAGAUCCACGGCCUUGCGCUCGAAAACGGACAAUUGAGCCUGAAGCCGCUUCCGAAGUCAUCUUCGCCCGACAUCCUGCUGAUGACGACGUCGUCAGGUACCAUGGUAACAGUUGGACUCGCCGUUAAAAACUAUGCCAAGUCCAGCAAGGUCGGUGGGGAAACCAUACGUGAGGAGUGCAAGAAGUUUAGCAAGGUGUGCCUGCAGUUGCCCAAGUCCUCGCUUCCCCGACUGAACGUUCUCAUUUUGUGUGCAACGGCCUACACCUUCCACAAUGAAACGUUUCAAGGUGCCAAAUUUGCCGUAUAUUCGACUGAAGACUCGAAGGACGACCGCGCGGGCAUCGAUGAGGUUAUUCUGCUGGAUUUAUCUACGCGAGGUAAUCGUGGCGAGUUUUUCGGGAUUGCCGGUAUCGACGAGCUAGAAAGGACGCUAGAGGCAGUUGUUGUUGCGAAACCCUCAGUGGACGUUGUCCAGACUGCAAACCAAUAG